AAUGGGGAGCUCCUGGUGACCUGGGCACUUUCUCCUUCAUGUCCCUGACCUGGCAGGAGCCGCUUUAGGACACGGAUCCCAAAGGAGCAAGAGGUACCAGGAAGCGCCGCUGAUCUGCACAGAGCCCUUUGCCUGCUGCUGCCCCACAGGGAACAGGAGCCGCUUUAGGACACGGAUCCCAAAGGAGCAAGAGGUACCAGGAAGCGCCGCUGAUCUGCACAGAGCCCUUUGCCUGCUGCUGCCCCACAGGGAACAGGGAGCUGCUGAGGAGUGGUGUGGUCUGCUCCUGGAUUCUCCAAGCACUGACUGCCCAUCCACUCUGACCACAGCCAGGGGCCACAUCCCACUGCCUGCCCAGCGUCCGUCCAUGGAGGUGACCACCGUGUCCUCAUCUUCUGCCUCACCCACUGAAGGAGAUGAUCUCUGUGAUAUUGAUGUCACUCAUGGGGCCAUUGACAGUGUGACACUGCUCCUCUGCCUGUGUGGGCUGGCUGGGAAUGGGGCUGUGCUCUGCCUCCUCCAAAGGAACCCCACCACCUGUUACAUCAUCAACCUGGCCUUCGCCAACUUCUCCUUCCUCCACUUCGCGGUCCUCUCCACCCUGCUCUACCUGCUGGAGGAAUUGUCCUGCUCCACAGUCGUGCCCCUGGUGUUCAUGAGGGCGCUUUUCCCACUCCUGCUGUUCUCCUACAACCUGGGGCUGUACCUGCAGACAGCCAUCAGCAUGGACAGGUGCACAUCCAUCCUCUGUCCACUCUGGUACCGUUGCCACCGUCCCCAGCGCCUCUCAUGGGUGGUGUGUGCCCUGCUCUGGGCCCUCUCCAUCGCUGUUAUUGUCACAAUGACUGCCCUGUGCCUAUCACGAGAGCAUGACCACUGCCAGGUGUCUCUCAUCACCAUGUACGCCCUCAACCUGUUCCUCUUUGCCCCAGCCAUGAUCAUUUCCAGCACAAUCCUCCUCAUUAAGGUCAAGCCUUGCUCCCAGCAGCAGCAACCCAAGAGACUCGAUAUUGUUAUUUUCCUCAUUGUGCUCUUCUGCCUCCUCUUUGCUGUCCCCCUCAGUCUCUCCAAUUUCCUGCAGCAGCUCGGCUACACCAUUGUGUCCUCCCAGGUUGUUUUCCUGCUCGCCUGCAUCCACAGCAGCAUCAACCCCUUCAUCUACUUCUUGGCAGGGAGGUGCAGGAGGCCCUUCCGGGGGUCCCUCCGGCUCUCCCUCCAGAGGGUCUUUGAGGAGCCAGAAGAAAACACUGCCCACAGCGAUGAUCCUGCCAUGGACACAGCCUUUCCAACCUGUUGAUUCCUUCCAAUGCUCUGCUGAAGGACCUUGGCAGAGUGGCUGAGGUUUUCCUUGAGUC